UAGUUGGCAUCAAGGUGCGAAAAGAUGCAAAUGCAUCAACUUCAAUGGAGCGCACGUCUCCUUAUUAUGAGAGUUUAUAAUAAUUAACAAUAAUAAUAAUCUCUGCCUCUCUUGAUUUUCCUUAUUUGCCGCAAACAGUUCAUGCAAUUGAUCCAUCAACACCGCUUGAUGAUUAAUCGUCUGCGUUUUCAGCCGUUAGUUUUGAUCAGUAGAUAAUAUUUUCUAAUUUCUUGAUUCUCACCAUCAUGGAGAUGAGACCAAAUCCUACGGUCGAUAACUCUCAACUCCAUCGGCGCCAUGCACCUUCUGCUACUCCGUCCAAGCAGCCCGCUGCCACUCCUAACCCUGUCGAUACCACCUCUGUUUCUCAAAGAUUACAGAAGGAAUUAAUGUCUCUCAUGAUGAGUGGUGGAGAUCUUGGUGUAUCGGCAUUUCCUGAAGGCGAGAGCAUCUUCACAUGGAUUGGCACAAUUGAGGGUGGAAAAGGAACUGCAUAUGAGGGUUUGUCAUAUAAGCUCUCUCUGCGCUUUCCUCUGGAUUACCCAUUUAAACCGCCACAAGUCAAAUUUGAGACCAAUUGCUUUCAUCCAAAUGUUGAUCAGUUUGGCAACAUAUGCCUAGACAUACUCCAGGAAAAGUGGUCUUCAGCUUAUGAUUGUAGAACCAUUCUCUUGUCCAUCCAAAGUCUAUUGGGAGAACCUAAUCCAGACAGUCCUCUCGACAGCUAUGCUGCAAAAUUAUUGAAUAAUAAGGAAGAGUACAAGACGAUGGUCCAUAAACAUUACCAUGCUGGAGGAGUAUUUGAGAGUUGAUCUGCAGAUUUUUAUGACAUACAUCUGAAAUGUUAAACUGGAACACCUUUGCUUUUAGAGGUUCAAGAGAAUUCCAGAGUGGGUUUGGAUUUUUGGAGUUCACCCUCAAAUGAGAUUUGUUAUGUGAAAACAUGCAUUCACGUAAGUUUUCUAUAUUCCUUCAUCUCUCUCUCUGAUAAAAUGGUGCUGAUAUUUCUUUGUUGUAUCUGCAAAAUAAACUUGUACAAAUAGUUGUACAUUUUCUAAAGAUCAAUCAAGAAUUUCUUUUGUCCUGGCCA